ACAGACACAUAGUGCAAGGCACACCGCACGCGUCGAGGAUCCAGACCCUCCACCGGACGUGUGGAAUGCACCCACCGGUGAAACUAGACGCGACUCAGGCGAGGAACAGGCGCGACAGGUGACAGCUGAUGGGUUUCCCACGCUCUUUCUCCUCGCCCACUUCAUCCGAAUGAGGGAACGAUAAGCCCUUUCCUAGCGGUUGGACCGAGCGCGACGUGGACGUGAGUAAUUGUCACCCGCAAUGCGACCCGCAUGGAGCAUGUGUGUACGUCUGAGUAUAAAGCAGCCCGUACGCGGGCCCGAAUGUGACGGAUUCGUAGAAUCCAAGUCGUACAUUCGUUUCCUUCUUUCCCUCCUUCACUCACUCACUCCUUUAUCCCCGAGCCUCUGCGAUGCGUCCGCCCACCUCUCUCUCUCCACCGCCGUCUUCGCAGCCAAUGUCGCUGCCAGAAUUCGCGUCCCUUGUCGAACGCGCACUCGCCCUCGACGCGCCGGGACCUUCGCUCGUGCUUGGGUCCCCUCCUCCUUCUUCUUCUUCUUCUGCGGUCGGGCUUCUCGCAACUCUCUCCACCUCCAGCUACUCCGCAUCCGCAUCCUCCUCCUCCUCCCACACUGCGACACCCAUCAGUAAAUCACGCACCCUCUUGACGCGCCUGAAACAUCGCUUCACGCUCGCUGCCCGCCCAUCGUUUCGGCUCGGCUUCUUUUCCGCGUCCACUGCCUCUCUGAUUCUCAAAGCACCGGAGCCGGAAUCGGAUAGUGAGGGCUUCGUGCCGUACGUGCCGCUUGUGGUGGCAACGGAGCGAGUCCAUCCUGGGGCCUCCCUGUCGUCCUGCGACACCUCCACCUUCACCUCAUCAUCUUCCACCUCAUCCUCAUCCUCAGCACUGUCCUUCUCAUCGUCAGAAUCCGCGUCCGCGUGCGCAUCCGACACCUCGACCUUCUCAUUCUCAUCCUCCGCAUACAUGCUACCGAAACCACCCGUGAAGCGAUGGUCGUCGACCUCCUCUCCUCGCCAGCGUGCACGAAGCCUCCGGGGCGUCCCCUCGAUCUCAGCCCUCUCCCUAUUCACCCUCCCCGCGUCGUUCACCGCACCCUCGCCCUUGCCCCCGCCUCCACCGCCCAAGUGUGCACGGGACCUUCCUCCGAUCAGACCCGUGCCCGCCGGGCCGAUCCCAGAACCGCCCCGUGCUCGGUGCAUGGAUGUAUGCGCGCCUAUCUGCGCGGUCCCGCCGCACCCGUAUUCCGCUGGCUACGCCGGGACGGUUUACGGGUUUCAUGACAACGGGGUUGUCGACGACGGCGGUGAUGACGACGAUCUCUCGGAGCCGCUGCUGCCCGAGAAAGAGGGUGACGUUUCCGGAGACGAGCAAGAUGACGCAGAUGGAGACGCGCGAUCGCUACUCUCUGCCCUGGACGCCUUCCCCACGCCCCCGGUCACGCCACCGCGGCGCCACCGCGCGUCAUCGCCGUUUCCGUUCAAGACCCCCCCACGCUUGGCUUCGUCGGCGGGGAGCGUCAUGUCGGGUGUUUCGGAUGAAACGUGGUAUACUGCGUGUGAAGGGCUGGACUCAGUCGGCAUAUCGCGAAAUCACGUUCGCGUGUAAAUCAACUCAACUCUCCACAUCUCUUGGGCGCAUUCCCCCCUCCUCUUCGUCCCCGUUAGCUUGCAUUAUAAAAUAACUUAAUAAGAGGACGCUCAGCUGUAAGAGCGAGCUCGCUCUGCUCUGCUAUUGUUUGUUGUACCUCACUGUACACACAGGUUACUCUACGUGCGGUCGCACUCUCGUACGUCGCAUUUCGCACAUCAUACUCUCCUUGAAUCACUUGUUGUAUGUAACACACAUUGAAUUGAAUCCUGUUGCGGUUUAUCAGCGCCUAGAUAGGGCUGCGGCGAUCUUUCGCACAGAAGCUCCUCAUCUUCGGGCUAUCUCGGAUGCUCUUGACUCAUGACCCCGGAAUCCGAAAUGAUCGUAGGGCGGCGCCGAAAAAAAUACACUAGACGAAGUCCGCACCGCGCUCAAGCCAUCGCUUGCUUGCUUGAAUUCCCGCCAUCUUCGGCAGCAGCAGCACCAGCCGCAGCCUCGCUCCGUUUGAUCGCAGCAGCGCUAUCCAACACUUAGGGUUCGAUUCGAAUUCAAAUGCAAAACUGCCGCCGCCGCCCGCGAAAGGACACGGGAGAGCCUAGAACGGCGCGCAUGCGGCUAGUGGGAUUCUUGAAAAGCAGCCCUGGGUUGAGAAGAGGCCGAUCAGAACAGUUGUGUCCUGCUGCUGCUGCUGCUGCUCCACCGACCCUGAUAGAAUGCUCUCGAGGAUCGCCGUGCUGCUCUUCCUCGUGGUGGGCAGGGCGUAUUCGGCACCGGUGGAUGCGAGUGUCGAUGCAUCUCCGCUAGCGACGUAUAGCGGGGACGGGACGUUCUACGUGCCUGGACUGGGUGCUUGCGGGCGAGUUAACCGGAGAGGGGACCUGAUUGUGGCAGUAGGACACGGCAUGUUCGAUUCCUACCCCGGCGCUUCGAAGGUCACGAAUCCCAAUCUAAACCCCAUUUGCGGUAAACGCCUCAAAGCCACCUGUGCGUCUCCUCUCCCGUCCGAAUUUCAUUAGGCUAGUUGGGAACACUCAUGCCUGCCUACAACCCCCAGAUCGCGGGAAAUCAGUCACCGUGACCGUGGAGGACCGUUGCGCAGGCUGUGCGGGUGCGGCCGAUCUAGAUUUCACGGAGGCUGGAUUCAGGAAGCUCGCGGCGCUGGGGGUGGGCCGGAUAGAGAACGUGCGGUGGAUCUGGGUUUGAGCACGCCACUGGUCAGGAUUCUUCAUGUUGGUUCGUGCGUAGAGCACAGCGAUGGUCGGAUACUGCUGGGAAUAGAUAGAAGAGUGCCGCGUAUAGUCAGACCAGAUUUCAUGAAUGAAUGCUCUGCGGAUGUGGAUCAA